AUGACUUUAGUCACGAUAGCCGUCCGUCCUUCCUCGUCACUCGCUCGAAGGCGCCCUACUACCUUGGCCGACAAUACCAUCUUCAGUUCGGACAAAGUCUUAACCGGCCAUUCUCCUCCUCCCCCCAUUCGAAGGAUUCAGUUACGAAAUCUGACAACCAGUGAUGAGACAAUUGAGCUACCAAAAGAUUUGGUGAAUCAGGAUUUUUCUGAUAAAAGGCAUAAAUUUGGCAGAGCUUUUCCUCAUAUUGUUGCCAACACCAAAUCAAACGACAACUGCGACCCAUUCCAAACCACAAUUACCGAAGAUAGAUCGGGCGGUUCGGUAACCGUAUUUAAAUCAGUUGGCUUUUCGGGCCAGCACUCUGAACCGGGGCCUACUCCACAGCCAAAGAAUAGUUACUCUAAAUACCAUGACAGCAGGAUAGAUGACUAUCAUAGCCUACAGCGGCACCAUAGCAACCAGCAAUAUGAUCAACGAACUUUGCAGAAUCAACAGCAACAGCAAACGCAGAGGCCAGGCGGGCGAGCACUCUUUUCACCUUGGAGGCUUCUAUCAUCUCCUCCUACGAGAUCCUAUAAAUCGCAUCUUGGAAACUGCAGUGAUCCUUCGCCAAAAUCAUACACAACUAAUGGCCAUCUUAGCAAACGACUAACGCCUUGCAUCCCGACAUCAGCUUCACAACCAAUCGAGUCUACGAGAAACAAGACCAAUAAAAUGGGUCAUCCAACCAAACCACCUUGUCCGGAGUACUUAAAUAGAAAAACUCAUCCCCAUUCUUCUCCUACCACCCAAUACCCUCAACUCAUAGACAAAAAUGAUCCUCCAUCUCACAAAAGCCCAAAGCUUGAUCGCAAUGACAUGAUCAGUCUGCCACUGGGUCACUGCGAACAACGACUGGCCGCAUCCUCCCAAACGGCUUCUACAUUACAGAUCCGGUUGUCCCAAAUGACGCAGGCUUCUCCCAUUGGAUCUUCAUUCGAGCAAAAGGUGUUACCAAAGCGGUCACCGUCACCGCCUUCGCUUGUUCCAGUGUCAAAAGAGGGCCAGACGACUGUGGAGUCAUCAAUAUUCCCUUUGGCCAGCCAGCGGCAUUUGAAUGUGUCAAAGGGUAGCAGCGAUGUUGGUCUACAUCACCUUGUUGUCGCUGACAUUGUUGACAUAAAGGAGGGAGCUCUAGGGAAACAACAAAAGACGAAUGUGGAAAAAACACACCUGUUGGCUACUUCCUCUCCAACUACUUCGUCUCCUAAUUUUUCUUCGCUUUAUCGUCAUCAUUCUCCGCUGGAAUCGCCACCAAUCUCCUCCUCUAGUUCUUCCUUAUUUGGCACCAUGAUUCAAUCCAAUUCUCCACAAAGCUCAACUCCAGCCUCGGCUCCACAUAUCCUGCCAUCUAAAUCAACUGCGGUUACACCACAUUUCGACAGACAUACGCAAAUGGGUUCCCCACGUAGGGCCAGCCUUACAUCAACUGCCCCCGCCUUCGCGACCCCCCUCAGCAGUGGCAUCUUGAAUCUUUUCUGUCCAAGUCUGACCUCGGAAGCCGAUUCAGGGGCAUUACGGCUUCCAGACUCCGUGAAUGGCUCGAUCCUUCAACUCAAUAACAACACAGAGGCUGCCGUUAGAACCGCAGCCUGCACUCAAGGCAGUGUUGAAGGCUGUGGAGCAGGCUUAGGAGCAGAAUUUGGUUUAGUUGAGCACUUGAGACAUGUCAAAGUACGAUUCGGUCAGAGUGUGCCUGAUCUGACAAAAGUCCCUCGACGAAGUGCCCUCAAGGGAAGUCGAGAGGCAAGGUAA